GAAAGCAGAGUUGCAGCAAUUAAACCCUUGCGAUAUUUCCUACCUGAGGUAUUUGAUGCACUGUAUGACAUCUCAGAUGAUGACAACAGGGACAUUAACACUAAACAUCAAGCUCAAUCCUUGGCAACGAAAAUAAAAUCAUUCAAAUUCAUCUGUUCCAUUGUCAUUUGGUAUGAAUUAUUAUCAAAGGUGAAUGUGAUCAGCAAAAUAAUGCAGCAAACAACAUCAAACCUAUCAGGCUGUGUACAGGAACUGGAGAAGUUGAUCAAGCACUUGGUGGAAUACAGGUCUGAUGAAGGCUUUGAGAAUGCGCUAGCUGAUGCCAAAGGAAUAGCUGAAAAGCUUGAUUGUGAAGCAAAAUUUCCUGAUGCAUUUACAAUUAGACCUCGACGGAAAAAGAAGAUUUUUGACUAUGAACAUGAAGAUGAGUCUCUUGCAGACCCUACACAAUAUUUUAAAGUGAAUUUUUUCUUUGCCGUUUUGGACACAUCCAUCCAGUCCAUAAAUGAGAGAUUCACAUUACUUCAGAGCCACUGUGACACAUUUGCAUUUUUAUAUGAAAUCCCAAAACUUGGGAUGGACAAAAAGGAUAUAUUGAAGUGUUCCAUGGAUCUGCAAAACAAAUUAACUGACAGCCAGUUAUCCCACUCUGACAUUAAUGGAAUAGAUCUUUGUGAUGAACUGGACACCAUUCGACCUUUUCUAACCCAGGAGAUGACAGUCACCAACAUCUUGCAGUAUCUAGUGGAGAAUAACUUGACCAACACAUUCCCAAACCUUUCUGUUUCACUGAGAAUAUUGAUGACACUUCCUGUAAGUGUAGCUGCUGGGGAACGUUCAUUUUCCAAACUAAAGCUGAUAAAAAAUUAUCUCCGUUCCACGAUGUCCCAGGCAAGACUUACCAACUUAUCCAUUAUAUCCAUUGAAAAAUCCUUCUGCGAAGACUUGGAUAUAGAUGAUGUGAUUAGAAAUUUUGCUGUUGCCAAGGCUCGAAGAGUUCGUUUUGUUUGAUUAAAUAAUCAAUGUGUACACACUGCAUGCAUCCUUUCCUAGUGUCUCACAACUAGAAGAUAAUGUACCAA